AUGCCCGUUGACUACAGCAAAUGGGAUGCUCUCGAGCUAUCGGACGACUCCGACAUUGAAGUCCAUCCCAAUGUCGACAAGCGCUCCUUCAUCCGUGCAAAGCAAAAUCAGAUCCAUCAACAGCGUGUCGAUCGCAAACAUCAAAUCGAGACGCUCAAAUAUGAGAAGAUCAUCAACGAUGGCCUGAUCAACCGCAUAGACAACCUGCUAGAAGCACUCCAGUCACUCAGACAAGAAGCUGAACAGGCCCAAUCAGGCUUCGAGCGCUACAUCUUCCAGGCUCUCAUCAAGAGCACCGGCUCUCCUGACAAGGACACCCCUCCACCCCCACCUGGCGGUGUCCAUGCAAAUGUCCAGGAUCCUCCGAGAUACAGCAAGAUGAUGGCUGCCUUGGUAGACCAAGUCAAGCAGGCCGUCGACGAAGCCAAGCCCGCCCCGUCGGCUUACUUUGGUGCCUUCAUGACCGAAGUCACCUCGCACAAGACAAAGAUUGAGGAUUUGCAAGUGCAGCUGCUGGAAAAGCUUGCCGAACUAGAAAAGGAGGAAGGUUCCAAGAUCACCAGCGAGAACAUCCGAACUGGCUUCGACAGCUCUCACGUCUCAAAGUCCUCUACCAAGCCUGGCGCCAGCAAGCCUUCACCUGGUCCUGAACUGCUCAACCCUACACGCCCCUCUAUCCAACAUGCCGACAGCGGUCAGUCGUCUGGUGCUGACGCCGAUAUUGAGGACGAGUCAAUUGUGACAAGGCCCACCGCUGGUCUGGACAGCGACGACGAAGACAUGCAGGCCUCACCACUGGCUCAAAAAUUUGCUAAGAUUAGAUACGGUGACUACCGCACUUCUCUAGAUUUCAUUUCGAACAACCCCUCGGUCAUGGGCGAAAAAGAGACGGAUGGACUGCUGGUGGAGGCUUUCAACGCCCAGAGUGAUGGCAAGGACGAUUAUGCAAGGCAAUGUGUUCACCAAGCUCUCUUGCUACAAUACUGUAGGCAACUGGGUCGCGACGGUGUGCAACUGUUCUUCAAACGCGUCACCACACAGGGUCACCAGGCGCAGAAGCUGUUUAUGGAUGAUGUCAAUUCGACCUACGCUAGGAUCAGAUCUCGCACAAGAGAGCUUGCUGAGCAACGCAAGCGCGACGAGGCGGAUGGCACCGGUGGUGUCGAGCAAAUCCAACUACACGCAGUUGACCCGAACACUACCAUCAACAUUGUUGUGCCGCCUGCUGAUUCGAUGGAUGAAGAUGCCAAGGAGGCUCGCGCGAUAUUCGAGACUUUCCCUCCCGGCUUGCAACGCGCUCUCGAGAGUGGCAGCUUGGAUAGAGUCAACGAGGUCUUGGGCAAAAUGAGCGUCGACGAGGCUGAGCAGGUUGUAGCACAACUCGGUGAGGGGGGCAUGUUGAGUCUGGAGGAGGGUGUGAUCGACGCAACGACUGAGGAAGGCAGAAAGCAGAUGGAAGAGAUUGAGCGGUCUGGCCAGUGGCCUGGCGACCAAGGCGGUCGCGUGAUUGAAGAGACUGAGGAUCCAGGCAUGGAUUAA